AUGGGAAUUGAAGAUAAGAAGAUUGACAAAAUAGGGUCAGAUAUCAACGAAUCGAUACCGUACUUGACAUCUGAUGAAAAAUCCUCUACCCUGAGAGAAGUGUUUCCCGAAACAAUAACUACUAAUAACCACAAAAAUCCCAGUGCAGAUCAAGAAAUAAUGCAACUGAAAGAGAGUGCUCUCCGAAGAAAGAAAGGGGUGGUUCUGCUUGAAAAACAGCUGGAGAAGGAGAAAGAGGAAACUCAGGUAAAGCCGUGGGUUCAUCUCAUAUCUGGAGGUUUAGGUGGAAUGUGUGGUGCGAUAUUCACCUCUCCAUUCGAUGUUGUCAAGACUAGAUUGCAGUCCUCGGUUUAUAGAGAGGCCUAUAAAAGUCAUGCAGGGUCAAAUUCAAUUACUGGAAGUAUGGCCAAACAUUUUAAAGAGACUUGUUCCAUUAUAUAUAAGGUGUAUAAAGUUGAAGGACCUAGAGCUUUAUUCAAAGGACUUGGUCCGAACUUAGUUGGUGUUAUUCCUGCAAGAUCGAUUAAUUUCUUUACUUAUGGCUACACCAAAGAUGUUUUGAAGAAAACAGACUAUUUCGGUGGACAGGAAACAUCUUUCAUGCACUUGCUGGCGGGCCUGAAUGCUGGUAUAGUAACAAGUACUGCCACAAAUCCUAUUUGGCUGAUAAAGACACGACUUCAGCUAGACAAGGCUACAAAAAAGCAGUACAAAAACUCUUUUGAUUGCUUGUACAAAACGCUCAAAACAGAAGGUAUAGGGGCUCUGUACAAAGGAUUAUCUGCAUCCUAUUUGGGAUCAGGUGAAUCGACAAUACAAUGGAUUCUUUAUGAGCAGAUGAAGCACAUGAUUAACAACAGGGCAGAGAGACUUGCUGCUUGUGGAUGUGAAAGAACUCGUAUGGAUGACAUUGCUGAUUGGUUUGCAAGAUCUGGUGCUGCCGGUUUCGCCAAGCUUAUUGCGUCUCUAGCUAUGUAUCCUCAUGAAGUUGUGCGGACAAGGUUAAGACAGGCUCCAAUGGAAAAUGGAAAGCCAAAAUAUACAGGGCUCAUGCAAUGUUUCAAGGUCAUAUAUAAAGAGGAAGGCUUUUUAUCAUUUUAUGGUGGAUUAACGCCUCAUCUUAUGAGAACUGUUCCAAAUAGUAUGAUUAUGUUUGGCACUUGGGAAUUGUUUACUAAGGCUUUGUCAGAUUUAUGA